UUUGAAUAUCUGAACGGCAAAGAAUCACAAUCUAUUCGGGAGACAGUCGCUGGCCAAACGCGACGCAACUGCGAAUGCAGCGGACGAUCGGCGGGUCCAACUAUAUAAAAAUAAACCGACAGAAAGAAGAAGCUAUCAGAGCAAGCUGUGCCAAAAAAUUUCAAAAUUAGAGUACAUAUAGUGAUGUGCGGUUCGUUUUGGUUGUAAAUAAUUUGUAAAACCAAUCCCAAUAAUAACAAGAAAUAUCCGAGUCCUAAACAAACAUGGCAGCUGUAAGUUUUGGCCGAAAGGGCAGCGGACAGCUGGAGGUUAUGCAAAAAGCUGGCUGGAAGAUCGACGAGAACGAGAAAGCCUGCUAUAUUGAUGUGGAUGAGGACGACAGUGAAUCCACCGAUGGAGCUGAUGAUUCCACAAAAGUUUACUCAAACUGGUGCUAUCUGCCCAACAUUGUACUCGAAGAGGUAUUUUCGUACCUCAGCCCCAAAGAGCGUUAUUACGCCGGAUUGGUCUGCCGGCAGUGGUACAGUGCUUUAUAUUUGCCCACAGUUUGGAAUAAUUUUAUAGUGGAUGAUCGCACACUGACCCGACCGAAGUACAACUACUACUCCGGUUGGCAGUACUGCCUGGACCACAUGCGCACCCAGAACUGUCUGGCCAGGAUUGGGAAGUACUUGAGAGGCAUUGAGUUUAGGCCCUGGCACAGCUUCAACAAUAUCUAUCAGUUUAUGACCAUGUUGUCGUGGAGUAUGGACAAGAGCAACGAACCGAAUCCGCAGCCGGAGUUAAUAGGAAUGGGUCGUCGAAUUCGAUCCCUGGUGUAUCAUUUUCCGUGCAAUAUGUCGCAGCCAAAUGAUCCCGAGGGGAUCAAGCUCUUCGGAACUGGUGGUCAGCUGCUGAAGGGUCUGAAGGAGCUGCUCCAGAGAUUAACCGACCUGCACACCCUUAAGCUGGUGGACUUUGUGCUGGAACGCUUCGAGGCGAAUCACCUGCUGGACGAAGUGGUUUGCAGCUGUUGUACCAAAAUGCGAGUGCUCAACUUGGUGAAUGUGACAACCACCCACUGCCCCAUCAUGCAUGUCGGACUCUUCCUCAACCUGCAGGUGCUCACCAUCUCCCCGCAAAACAUCGACGACGAUGUUCUGUCCUUGUUGGCGGACACCAAACUGCGUCACUUGCAUUUGCUGCAAAACUGCUAUACACCCAAAUACGUGACCAUAAGCGCCUGCGGGGUGAAGGCCUGGCGGAGCCUGAAAAAAACCAAUCCUCGGAUGCGUGUUCAUCUCCGCUUGGAGAACCUGGAUGAUGGGGAGGUCGUGCUACAGCCGGAGGCUCCGGUUCAUAGUAUCACCUACUGUGCCCCGCAGGCCAGAAUCCGGCCCGAAUUGGUAGUCCGGAUGGUGGACCACUACCGGAACACGCUCGCCGUUUAUGGCCAUGAGCUGCUGCCGCGCUUUUCCAGCCCCAAACCGUUUCAUAAUCGCAUCGACAGCUUAUUGUUGCUGAUGUGCCGGCAAUGCUUCAAUGUGGACACUCUGACCAUCCGCGAGAAAGUCUCCACAUCGACACUUCUGUUGAUUGCGAAAACUGCCAAAAAUCUGCGGAAUCUUUACGUCCGUCGCUUUGCCGUAAUCUUGCGCUGCGACUGGCCCAGACAUCCGGAGUGGACUGAUGAGUUCCACAUCUGGCUCCGGCGCAACUCCCGAUCCUACGAGGCAGUCGAGCGGGAAAUCUCCCAGAUACUGGGCUACAAGUGGCAUCUACUCAGUGAUCGUGAUUUUAAGCAGCUGACAGUGAAUGUCAAAUCGGGGGCAUAAGGAAUUUGCCACAAAUCCCUGAACUUGUGAGAAUUGUGAUAAAAAAAAAGGUUUAGAGCUUUACUUAAUCAAUGAAAGAGGUUUACAGUGCCAAAGAAUAAAAUAAAUAUUGUUAAAAACGAAUCAUAUUGUUGCAAUUAUUAACACCUUAUUCACAAUUUUCAUUGACUUGGAACUCUGUUUGUCUACCUUCCGGGUGGUUUACCAAAAUUGAGGACUCAGAAAUGGUUUAAAAGCCUCUGCAGCGGAACCAAGUGCAUCAGUUACAACCAAUUGUAGAACCAUGAAAGUAAUAAUCUUCUUCCUGGGAUUCCUGUUCCUUAUUGCUGCGGCUUUUGCCGAUCCUGUGCCGCAACCGCAUCACCAUCCUGACCAUCAUGAUCCCCAUCGUGACCAUGAUCCACAUCAUGGACUGGACUUCUACGAUCACCAUGAUCCUCAUCACGAUCCUCACCAUCACUAAAGAUGUAAUAUAAUGCGAUAAAAUCUCUCAAAAUCUCUAGAGUAAUCUCUCAAGAAAGAUAUUCUAAAAUGUAACAUUUUUUCAAUAUAAACAUGGAUUGUGACUUCAAGAACUUGAAUAAAUUUCCCACUUAGCUCUGA